ACAAUAAUUAUUCUCAGAGAAGUUUCUUUUAAGUAAAAUCUAUUUAUUUUAAUUUAUCUAGAAGUAUAUGUAUAUUUUUUGUAUUAUUUUAAGUAAACUUUUUAUUAAGUAAAAAUAUUUUAUUUUGAAUAAAACUGUAUCAUUUGUUUUGAAUUUAUUAUUUUUGAUAAAUCCAGUACUAUUUUUCUUACUUAACAAAAAUGUUUCUCUCAGUUAACCAAUUAACUGUUCUUAUGAAUAUCCUUAGCGAAGAAACUGUCGAGAACCAGACUUUAGAAUAUCUUGUAUCACAGCUCCAUCAGUAUUUCAAACGAGAAGAUAAUUUUAAAGUUGGAUGCACUUUACUUAUGCUGAUUCAACAUUCUGACUUUUUAUUAAAUCAAACACAGAAAUUUGCUGCAAUCAUACUAUGUUAUGAAUUAUACAGAAAUGAACCCAUUGCAACAAAUCCAUUAGCACCAGUUUUUAUGCAUCUUUUGCAUAAAAAAGUUAGUAAAAAUGAAUAUAUUGGUGAUUUGCCAAUAUUAACAAUGCCAGUGAAAACAUUUUUGUCAAAUUUAAUUAUAUCACAAAACUCUAAAGAAUUAUUGAAAAAGUCAGCUAAACAAGUAUUAACUGCUAGAAAUGAUCCCAGCAAACCAGUAGUAAAUACUACUUCAAUUCUUAAUACUGUAAAGGAACGUCGAAAAAAUCUUCCCCGCACUGCAAAAAGUUCACUGCCAAUUAUUUUACCUGAUCCACAAAAAACUGAAGCAAAAGAAGGACCAAGGCAAGUUUUAGAGAUGCUUACUAGUGGUCCCAAGUCAUAUGUAUUUCAUAAUUUUAAACCAGAAAUGAUGAGACUUGUGCCUCCCUUAUAUGUUUGUAAAGAAGAAAUGGUAUGGCUUAAUAUGAGCAGUCGAUCAAACCACCAAAUCAUGUAUGAUAAAACCAUGUGUGUAUCAACUAGUGCUGCUACCGAAGCACGAGAGUUGAUGUCUAAAGCUCUGAAAGCUCCUCUUACUUUACAACAACAACAACAUCUUCUGGCUGAACUUGGGAAUGACCCUAAACUUGUAUAUUACAUAGGACUCACUCCGUGUAAAUUACCUGAUUUAGUAGAAAAUAAUCCACUUAUUGCUAUUGAAGUUUUGUUAAAAUUAAUGCAAUCCCAUUAUAUUACGGAGUAUUUCUCAGUAUUAGUUAAUAUGGAAAUGUCUUUACAUUCAAUGGAAGUAGUAAAUCGACUAACUACUACAGUUGAACUACCCACAGAGUUUGUUCAUCUUUACAUAUCAAACUGUAUUGUUGCCUGUGAAACAAUAAAAGAUCAAUAUAUGCAAAAUAGACUAGUUCGCUUAGUUUGUGUUUUUCUACAAUCACUUAUUAGAAAUAAAAUAAUAAAUGUGCAGGAAUUAUUCAUUGAAGUUCAAGCUUUUUGUAUCGAUUUUAUUCAAAUUCGAGAAGCUUCUGCAUUAUUCCGUUUAUUGAAACAACUAGAAACUGGUGAUACAUGUAGCAUUGGCAAUAUAGCUGCUGCUGCUGGUAUAACACCUAGUACAAUAGCUGCUGCCAAAGAUAAAGAUAAAGACAAAGAAAAAGUAGUGCCUAAAGAUAAAUAAUAGUAUAAUAUAUUAAUCAUCUUAAAUGACAUCAGACAGUAGAUCAGAUAUUCUAUGAUAAUAAUUAUUAUUGAUUUAUAUUAUUGGUGAGACUAUAAUAAAUAAAUAUUUGUUAAAUAAACAUUGUAGGUAAAAUAUAUUAUUGUCUGUAAAAAAUAUUUAAACUCAUACAUUUUAUAAAUGUAUAGUAUAAAAUUAAAAAUUAUAUAAUAUUUAUAAAUAAACAAUUAAAAUUAAAACUAA